CGGGUGCGGUGCGCGCCGGGGGCGGGCGGGGGCGGUGUCCUGGCCAUGGCCGGCCUGUCGGACCUGGAGCUGCGGCGGGAGCUGCAGGCCCUGGGCUUCCAGCCAGGACCCAUCACCGACACCACUCGAGAUGUCUACCGCAACAAGCUGCGCCGCCUGCGGGGCGAGGCCCGGCUGCGUGACGAGGAGCGGCUGCGGGAGGAGGCCCGGGCGCGGGGCGAGGAGCGGCUGCGGGAGGAGGCCCGGCUACGCGAGGAGGCGCCGCUGCGCGCCCGGCCCGCGGCGGCCUCUCUGCGGGCGGAGCCCUGGCUCUCCCAGCCGUCCUCCGGCUCGGCCUGCACGACCUCAGGGGCCUCCGGCGACCUCGGGGCCUCCUCGGCUUCCUGGGUGGGGAGCCGCGGCCUCGCCUACUCCGCCCGCUCUGCGCCGCUCAGGCGCCGCGCCUCGGUCCGGGGCAGCUCUGAGGAGGACGAGGACGCCCGGACGCUCGACAGGGCCGUGCAGGGCCAGGGCCUCGCCGCCCGCCGCUGGUGGGCCGCGUCCCCGGCCCCGGCCCCGGCCCCGGCGCGGCCGCCCUCCGCCCCCCUCGGCCCCGACCCGCGCCCGGGCCUGCGGGCGACGCGAGCGGGCCCUGCUGGCGCGGCGCGGGCCCGGCCCGAGGUGGGGCGGCGGCUGGAGCGCUGCCUGGCGAGGCUGCUGCUCUGGGCCAGCCUGGGGCUGCUGCUCGCGUUCCUGGGCAUCCUCUGGGUGAAGAUGGGCAAGCCCUCGGCGCCGCAGGAGGCAGAGGACAACAUGAAAUUAUUGCCAGUGGACUGUGAGGAAAAAACAGACGAGUUCUGCCAGGCCAAGCAGAAGGCGGCCUUGCUGGAGCUGCUGCAUGAACUGUACAACUUCCUGGCCAUCCAAGCUGGUAAUUUUGAGUGUGGAAAUCCAGAGAAGCUCAAAAGCAAAUGCAUUCCUGUUACGGAAGCCCAGGAAUACAUAGCAAAUGUGACCAGCAGCUCCUCUGCCAAGUUUGAAGCUGCUCUGACCUGGAUACUGAGCAGUAACAAGGACGUGGGCAUCUGGUUGAAAGGGGAAGACCAGUCUGAAUUGGUGACGACUGUGGACAAGGUGGUCUGCCUGGAAUCUGCCCGUCCCCGUAUGGGUGUUGGCUGCCGCCUGAGCCGCGCCCUGCUCACUGCUGUCACCAACGUGCUCAUCUUCUUCUGGUGCUUGGCUUUUCUGUGGGGGCUCCUGAUUCUCCUGAGAUACCGGUGGAGGAAGUUGGAAGAGGAGGAACAAGCCAUGUAUGAGAUGGUGAAGAAGAUUAUAGAUGUGGUCCAGGACCAUUACGUGGACUGGGAGCAGGACAUGGAGCGCUACCCGUACGUGGGCAUCCUGCACGUGCGCGACACCCUCAUCCCUCCACAGAGCCGCGGAACUUCCCUCGGCCACGCUUCGUCUUGAGCUCAGAAGGGAGCUGGUGCGGCUCUAUUUCUGUGAAGCUGCUUGGAGAGCAGGAGAGAGAUCAAAAUAAACCAAAUAACAAAAGGCCCCCGCCAGCCCCGCUCCUUCCUUUCUGGAACACAGAGGCCGGCUCAAAGGUGCGUCCUCAGCUCAAAGGUGCGUCCUCAGCCUCGUCCUCAGCCCCGCUGCAGCCGGCUCAGAUCAGGCCCUGCAGCCUCCCUGCCUUGAAGGGCCAAGUCUCACUUUUAAGUAGCUCUUAUUUCACAAGAGACAGCAGGGGGUGGCGGGGCUUGUCCAGGGAGGGGCCCGCGCCAUCCUGGGGCUGGAGCUGUUGUUAAGUUCCAGUUGUUCUGCCCAAAUCCCUUCUGAGCACUCCCCAAGUGGCAGACUUGUCUUUCCUCGCUGACAAAUAGCCCUCCCAGCCUCCAUGGGCUCGGCUGAAGAAGCUUCGGGGGUGAGGGAGGAAGAGGCUGUACCCCACAAAUCUCAGCCAUGGACAUGCACCCAGGCGCUCCAGGCCACCUUCCAGAGUCUCAACUCAGGAAAAAGGUAAACACGGCCGUUUGUCACUGACUCAUAAGAACUGCGGUAGCAGCUGCUCCCCUUAAUUAAUACACCAUUGACUUUGAGCCUCAAAAAGAAAGCCUUUGUUGAGGCAGGUGCGUGGACUCAAAUCCGUCAUCCUGUCGGCCUCCCCCAGAGGGGAGGGGCAGGGGAGCAGUUCCACGGCAAGUCACCCAACUGUUCCCAAACAGUCGCCCUGGGCAGCCAGGCCAGCCCCUCCACGCUGUCCCCAGAGAAAGCACUAGAGACAGGAGAUGUGCCAGGGAGGAGAAGGGCAGAGUGACCACUGGGGUGGCCGGACCCCUGGGCACUGUGCCACCUGGUGCCCCCAGGCCUUCCCAGGGGUGGGGCUGUGCCGGAGGGCUGGAGGCACGGGCUCAGCAUCCUCAGGACAGCUCUGCCCUUCAGCGCCUGGGGCCUCGGGCAAAUCUCUUUACCCUGUAUCCAGGGCAGGCAUUAAAUGGUAAAAUCAGCCCACGCGUGACAGCAUCAUUACUCCCUCCUAGUGCGCUGCGGCUUGAGGACUCCUCAGAACAGCCCUGGCCUCAUGCUGUAGGUGCCACUGUCAUCCCCUCUAUGUGGGGGAGUCAGGAGAGGAGCCAGCGUCAGAACCCAGGCCACCUGGCUCCAGAGCCUUGCCUCCGCCUCGCACGCUCCACUUCCCCGAAGGAAGGAGGGGGCUGCUCUCAGACUCAUGCUGCUCCCGUAAUUUGCCUGAAUAAACAACUUCAUUCCAGAGGAAGGCCAGGAUCUCACCCCCCACCACCACCACCCUGUGGCCGCCCUUCUGCUGCCGCUCUGCUGGGCCCACGCCCCUUGCCCUCCUGCCCUCACCGCCCCACUCCUGCCUCAGGGCCUUUGCACUUGCGGCCUGCCUGCCCUGCGUUCCCCCAGAGCUCCAUGGGCGCCCUCCCUCCUGUCCUUCAGGUCUGGUGCCCUGUCUGAAGUUGUGACUGCACCCCCACCCCGCAUGCCCUCUGGGGCCCAGCGCCCCCCUGCUCUCCCCCGCUCUCCUGACACCCCACACACUACAUGUUUUACUCAUUCCUGUUGUCCCUCCACCCCCACUCGCCUGCCAGUGCCUCGAGGGCGUGAACCUUGACUCCCAUUCUCAUUCAGUGCUGUCCCCAGCAUAGAACAGUGCCAGGCACACAGCAGGCACUCAAUAAAUAGUCAAGAGAUAGAUAAAGGGAAACCACCAUCCCAGGAGAGCCUGGCACUCGUUUCUAAGGUCUCUGUUCAGGCUGGUUUUGUUCCUUGUUUUUUCUUUUCUCAAUCUGAGUGACCCGAGGGACCCUCUCCCAUCUGCCAUGGGCCCCAGCACUCCUCACUGCCUGGCAGCACCCACCUCUCCCUGCAGGUCAUCUCCCUGAAGGGUCCACGUCCCCAGCCCAGGAAAACAACCUUCAUUCUGGCCACAGAGGGGACCAGGCGGAACUGAGUUGGGGCAGGGCUCUCAGGUUGGCCGGAGACGUGGGACAGCAGCAGCUGUGUUUACGAUGUUUCCUCGAGUGGGACACCUGGCAGGGCCCUGAGGAUCUGCCCAGCGCCCAGCCCCGUGUGACGGAGGAAGCUGCAGAGAAGACGGUCUAGGGGCCAGGGCCUCCCCUCGACCAGGCACCAAACCAGACACACCCAGGAUUUGUGUAAGACGCUGGUCGGGCAGCCCCCCGAAGUGUGAUUUCUCACCAGCCCUGGCGCGUGAGAGCUUGGGGCAGAUUUAACCUGAUCUCUAAGGAAAGGGCUGGGAUGAUUCUCCUGCCAAGGGCAUAGUCCGGUUCUUCGCUGAGGUCCGUCCAUGAAGUCGAGGGCGAUCGUCUUCACAUCGCAGGGUGAAGGGAGACUCCAGGUGUGGACAGCCCUUUGCCAACCGCAAAAGUGCUGCCCGGGCCAGGGAGGUGAGCGGCAGUAGUCCUGGGCAGGGUCUCAGGACAGGGCAGGAGUGGAACCGCCGGCUCUGAGGAGAAAGGGUAGAGGAGGUGACCCUGGUGAUUCCGGCCCAAUUUCUAAGCUGCUUCUGUUUCGGAAGGAGACGGGAAAGUACAGUAAUUUCUUUCAAUGAAAACAGCCAGCAGAAUUCCCUUUGCCUCGCUCCCCUUGCAAUUAAGCCCUUCUCUGCAAAUGAAAUGAUUUGGUUUUCAUCGGAACUAAUUUAAGCACACUGGAAGGACCGCUGAACUUUUUGAUUGCAAACACCAGUGUGUGCAAAACAGAACCCAGCAGCAAUGCCAGGCUGGUGAGGUGGCCCUGCCUGCAGAGCCAGGGCUCUGACGGGGUGAGGGUGAACGAGCCCUGGCUGGGAGCCCAGCUCUGCCCCUAAAUCCGUGGCCCUCUCCGUGUGGCUGGUCCUCUUCCCCUCUCCAGCCCCCACCUCCUCAUCCCAAGGGAAGAAGUUGGACUAGAUCCAGGAUGGCGAACCCAGAAGCCUCCGACACACUUGGCAAUGACAGUGAGCUGAAGACCUGCAUGUCCUCGCCACUCCUCUCAGCAAAGGGUGGAGUCUUUCUUCUCCCCUGGGUCAGGGCGGCCCGUGACUGCCUCGGCCAAUGGAACAUGGCGCUGGCUAGUUGCCCCCGAGGCAUCGAGAGGCCUUGUUGCCUCCACUUCCUCCCUCUGGGGCCGAGGCCGCCACAGCCAGAGGCCAGCUGCCCUGCUGGGGAGGCCGUGUGGGGAGAGACGCCUGGCCAGCCCCAGCUGUUCCAGGCAUCCCAGCUGACACGCCAGAUGUGUGAGUGAAGCCACCUUGCGACAGCCCCAGCCGCGCCGUGUGAACAGAUAAUCUGUCCCCACCAAGCCCUGCCCAAAUGGUAGAGUCACGAGCAAAUAAACAGUGGUUAUCAUUGUCUUAAGCCACUAACUUUA